UACAUAAUCCCACUCGUGACGUAAUCCACGGCGCUACACCUAACUGACAUCUAGUGGCAGAAGGUGUCGCCAUCGUGACGUAGCUGGUGAAAAUCUCACGAAUUCUCACAGUUGGAGGGUUUCGUGUAGCUGCGUUCCCGAAACACCAGUUGAAUGGACGUAUGUAACGCUGUCCCUUAUCCACUCUGAAGCAAAAAUCUGUGUAUAUAAUGUAACCAUUUACAGCACAAGACACUAGAGGAAGGUAGAACUACUGUAAAUGCAGAUGUGUGCAGAUGUUUAUCUCUGUCAUGCUGGUUUACACGUGCUGCUUUUGGCCUUAUCACAGCAUUCACACUCAAACCCAGGUUUGUCUCAGUGCUGAGGGACGCAGCUUCCCUCCCUCACUUUAAAUCCACAUAUUUCAUACUUUACAGUCUGAUUAAACACUUAAUGCAUUUUACAUUACAGGCCAAAAAGUAUUUCAUUACCUGUAACACAUAUAAUGUCACACAAACGCACAAUUUACAAGAUGAAUUUCAAAAUGUAUUAGAAGAGUGUGUGUGUGGAUCCGCUCCUGCAGCCACAAAACAGCUGUUUCAACAAGAAUUCAUACUAAAUAGUUAAAUGCAGCCAUGCUGGUGUUCAGCAGUGUUUACCCACAGAACCUUAAAACGGUUUAACUUAUGAAUCACAGCCAGUAGAUCCCACUCAUACAUAUUUUCUGGGGUUAAUAAAAUAAUCCAAAUAUGAUAGUCCUCUUUUCUCUCUCUCUGUCUUCAGUGUGACUGUUAUGGCUGUCCUCGUCAGACGUGGCCUUUUUGUGGCCCUGCAUCAUGCCCUCGGGCAGGGUAGCAGCUCGGUCUGCCUCCCUGCAUUGCCUGCUGCUCUUCUAGGUACCUGCUGCUCGUCUAGAGUCACCUGUUACUCCAACUCUAAAUUUGACUCCGGAUCAGGUUGGCCAUCCUUCAGCGACCUCGUGAAGGAGGAAUCCGUUACUAAGGCUGAUGACUUCUCCUAUGGGAUGCACAGAGUAGAGACUACUUGCAGUCAGUGUGGAGCUCAUCUGGGACACCUGUUUGAUGACGGUCCGAGACCCACAGGGAAGCGAUACUGCAUCAACUCUGCCUCGCUGGCGUUUCAGCCUAAAGACACCGCGCCCUCUGCCUCCAGAGGUGGAGCUGAGGGUGGAGCUGCCAGCAGCUCUGUGAGCGAUGAGAAGACUGAGCUGUGAAGAAGAAAAAAGCCCCUGAGAUUCGCUCUGUCCUGACUUACUGUGUAAGAAAGAGGUGAUUAUGAGGUGAUGUUCAGGAUUCAGCCACCGACCAAAUAUUCUCUGUGAACAGUCGUGCAAGAAGGAAGUUGUGUAUUUCUGUUUGAGAUACAGGAAAAGAUUAGAGGAAAAAUCAGCUGUUUUCAAUCAUUUAAUGAUGCGCACAGGAACACACUUCAUUUAAAGUUAAUUCUCACUUAUUAAAACUUGGUUAAUGACUUUGGAUUUUAAAAACAAACUGCUGUCGUCUCAUUGUGUCGCACCAACCCUCUGCAUGUCUCCUCUACAUUCAUCAAGCUUCACUCUGGUCUUCCUCUUUGCCUCCUGCCUGCACCGUCCCUCCUGCCCAUCCAGGAGGAAAACCAGCAUUCAUUCCUCGUGUCUUUAGCACACACCUCCACCUUUGUGGGGGCUCACCUGCCUGCUCCGUACUCUCAGUACAGAUCCCACCUCUCCGUCCCCUGCAAACGAGGACGGGCUCACAGCCCUGAUAUGAUCUCACCCCCACCAUGGACCUGUCUCACCUGACCCCAGGUGCCUUGCUAUCCUCAUGCACUUCCUGUCUCGUGCGUUCUCUAGAUCUGCAGCUCUUUCUGACCUUCUUUGUAUUUUUUCAUCAACACUGUCAAACGCCUGUGGCGCUGCUCUGCUGCUCGCUGAUUGUUCCUGGAUUCAAAAACGUGUCCUGUAUGUUCCUGGUGUGGCCGAUCAGCUUCAUCCACCCAAAACCUUUCAUUUCCUGUGUCUGUUUGGAUUGAUCUGGUUUGUAGGCAUGCACACAAACAUGUAGACAUUAUUAUAUCAUCACUUUGAAAUGAUUCGAUUUUAUGACCAUAUAUUUUUGAAGACAUGGUUGCACACUUAUAUUUUAUUAAUGAUGUAUACACUUGCUCCUUCUUUAGCUCCACCUUGAGAAAUAUUUGCAGUUUUUGGUCACAGUGUGAAUUAAACUGGUGAAUAAAAACUAUCCAACACUA